GGCUCACUGCUCACCAGGCAGGCUGGCGCGGCCGCAUCGGCCCUUGGUGCCUCUCGGGCUAAAAAACCACGUGGCAGGGCCCAGCUAUUGAGCCUAGUCCUCUCGAACAAGAAACGAGCACGCCUUAGCCCACAGCGACAGAGCACAGGUCACUGCUCUCCCAACACACUACAGAGAGCACACCGCCUAAGCGAAGCGAUGCGCCCAAACACCCUCUGCGCCCUCACAGCGCUGGUAGCGACGCACGCCAUCGCCGCGUUCGCCGCUCGGCCACCUUCAGCCCUCGACGAAUGCUCCGGGCCCGUCCAGCCGGCGCUCAAUUACGGCAUCUCGCGGCGCACGACGCCGAGGGGUGUGCCCGCGCCCAUCGACAUAAACGAGUCGCUGGCGGAGGCGGUGUGCUGCGACACGCGGGCGCUGCCGUUCGCCGAGCCGCAGUUUCUGUACAAACAGCCGGAUGUCGGGCUGUUUCGCCACGUGACGAAGACGACGACCUUCUACGACAGCGUCUGUGGUUUGCCGCUCUUCCGGGCGCCCGUGAAUCGAACACUAUCUGAUUUCAAGGCCGACACGGACGAGCACGGCUGGCCGUCGUUUCGGGCGGCCGAGGUCUUCACGGAGAACGUGCGCGUCGCCGGCGGGCUCGUCACGUCGGCGUGCGGCACGCACCUCGGCACGUAUCUGCCCGACGACAAGGGCCCGCGCUGGUGCAUCGACCUGGCCUGCGUCGCCGGGCAUCGCGCGCUGAACGCAACGCUCUCCACGGACAAGUGCGGCGGCAAAGAUGCGAAGUCGUACGUGACGCCCUUAGAUACGUGUUACAGCCCGCCGGCGCUCUUCCAGAACGAUUCGCAAUGGGGUUCCUACGACGUCCGCGACUCGCUCACGCCCCUCACGAGGCGGCUGCGCCGCGCGUUCUACGACACGAAGGACGGGUCCUGCGGCGCCGAGACGGACCACUUCGACAUCCCGCUGGACCAGUGCGUCGGGCCCUUCGGGACGCCGCGGCCGUGGGGGGAGUUCCGUGUUGUUGGAAGCGCGGCGGCGGCGUCGGUUGUGGCCUGA